AUGGUCAAGCGUAAGGCCGACGCCGUCCUCAAUGGAAAGUCCAAGAAACGCGCCCUCCCUGACGAGGAGGCGCGCUCCAACUUUCGCAAAGGCCUCUUCGACGACAAGGUCCUUGAUCAGUACAGGAAUGCCUAUGCUGAAUCUCAGCCGUACAAGCACACGGUGAUCCAGAAUCUCGUCGACCCAAAGCUGCUCCGCAACGUGCGCGACGAGAUCCGCGAGCACAUCUCAUUCACGCCCAAGGAAACGGACAUCUACAAGAUCCACCAGUCGGGCGACCUAGCGAACCUGGACGGGCUGGACGACUCGUCGCUGAAGAAGCUGCCGUCGUUGCUGCAGCUGCGCGACGCGCUCUACUCGUCCGCAUUCCGCAAGUAUAUCUCGUCGAUUGCGGGCUCCGGCCCGCUCAGCGGCGUCAAGACGGACCUGGCCAUCAACGUGUACACGCCGGGCUGCCACCUGCUGUGCCACGACGACGUCAUCGGCAGCCGCCGCGUCAGCUACAUCCUCUACCUGCUGGACCCGGACCGCCCGUGGCAGGCCUCGUGGGGCGGCGCGCUGCGCCUCUUCCCGACCGAGAACCUGACCACCGACGCCGGCGAGCAGGUCACCGUGCCCCAGCCGGACCACACGGUCGUGAUCCCGCCGGCCUUCAACCAGCUCAGCUUCUUCACCGUCCAGCCAGGCCAGAGCUUCCACGACGUCGAGGAGGUGUACAAGCGCGCGGAGGGCGAGAGCGAGACCGACGACGGCGGCCGCGUCCGCAUGGCUAUUUCCGGCUGGUUCCAUAUUCCCCAGGAGGGCGAGGACGGCUACGAGCCUGGCCUUGAGGAGAAGCUGGCGGAGCGCAGCUCGCUGCAGCAGCUGGAGGGCGGCAAGGCGGAGCAGUUCGACCUGCCGCAGCCGCGGUGGAUCGAGUACCCGGAAGAGGAGAAGGAGGAGAAGAAGCAGCCCGAGCCGAAGGCGAAGAAGGAAAAUGACGACGACGACGACGACGACGACGAGGAAGGCCAGGCGCCCCUCACCGAGGAGGAGUUCCAGUUCCUGCUCAAGUUCAUGACGCCCAUGUACCUGACGCCAGACACGUGCGAGGAGCUACAAGACAUGUUCACGGAAGAGUCAUCACUGCGGCUGGCCAACUUCCUCUCCAAGUCCUUCUCAGCGCGGCUGCGCGCAUUCAUCGAGUCCGCGGACGCGACGCCCACGAUGCCGGGCCGCGAAGACGACACGGGCGUCGCGCGGCCCCCGCACAAGCACCGCUUCCUGUUCCGGCAGCCGCGCGCCGACGCGAAGCCCGAGGACGCGCAGACGCCCUACGACGAGCUCGUCGACGUGCUCUUCCCGUCAGCCGCGUUCAAGAAGUGGCUCGCUCUGGCGACGGGGCUGGGGCUCACGCGCGCCAGCGUCCUCGCCCGCCGCUUCCGCCGCGGCAUGGACUACACGCUUGCGACGGCGUUUGAGCAGGACGAGCCGCAGCUCGAGCUGUGCCUGGGCGUGACGCCGAGCACGGGGUGGGGCGACGACGAGGCGGACGGCGAGGGCGAGGCCGACGCCAUGGAGACGGAGGAGGACGGCGCCGGCGCCGGCAAGAAGAACGCCGACAAGGGGAAGAAGAAACCGGACACCAAGACCAACGGCAAAGCCAAGGCCACAGAACCCGAGCCUCCCGCACAGGACGAAGACACGGUCGGCGGGUACGAGAUGUACAUGGCGGCAGACGAGGAUUCAGACGACGACGGCUCCGACGCCGGCUCCGACGACGGCGUCGACGUAACCACGUCCAACAAGAACAAAGCCGCCAACGCCUCCUCGGCCACCGGCGCAGGCAAGCGCCGCAAAGCGGACCCAGCGGUCUACCGCCGCGGCGACGACGACGACGACGGCGUCCUCUUCAGCAUGCCCGCGGGCUGGAACAAUAUGAGCGUCGUGCUGCGCGAUCGCGGCAGUCUGCGCUUUGUCAAGUAUGUGAGCCAGGCGGCGAAGGGGGAUCGGUGGGAUGUUUGCGCGGAUUUUGGGGUUGUGUUUGAUGAUGAGGAUGAGGAGGAUGGGGAGGGGGAGGGGGAGGAGGCGUAG